CAAAAAAAUAAAAAAAUAAAAAUUAAAACUUUAUAUUUUAAAAAUUUUAUGCUUGUGUUUUUGAAACUCUUCCACCACUCAAGUGCAGCAUUAAAGAGAAAUUCAAAAAUUUAAAUAAUUACGAAGGAAGCUUGCAGUACUUUUAAUAUACGUGUACAUAUAUAUAUAUGCAAAUAUACAUAAUUAAAAACAAACUGAAAAUUCCAAUUUGAUUUGUUCUAUUUCCACUUUUACUGUGUUAUUGUUGCUUCAGUUUUUUGUUGUUGCUGUUUUUUAUUUGUAUGCAACAUGAGAUUGAUGUUGUGCAAUUCUUUGUUGUUGGGCAUUACAUGCUGCCUGCUGGCAGAAAUCGCUGCCCAAGGAUUUAAUCCCAAUCGUGCUGUAAAUGAAGUGCCCAUUCCGUUUCACAAUCAAUUUCGCCGGCAGCUAUCCUCGCAGCAGCACAUUCUGUCGGACGUGCAACACCACACACAACCGAGACAGGCACAACAGCAGCAGUAUUUCCUGCAGCAAAGCCCUAGCGUGGAAGUGCCAAUACAAACGCAACAACAACGAAACCGCCAAGUACUGCCCACUGUGAAUACACGCUUCCCGCCUAGUGGCAACGGACGUGGAAAUUUUGCAAGCAAUCCAAGUGCUAAUAGCAACACCAACAGCAACAGUAACAAUGAACAAUAUCAACAGAAUUCACUAUUCCAACGUUCCACACAAAACCAAUUGUAUACACCGCAGCAACCGAUACGUUUCCAACAGCCUCAACAACAACAACAACAGCUGCAACAGCAACCACAACCAAAUAUAGAUCAGCAUACACAGAAUUUCUUGACUUUGCGUAAUUUUGGCAAUCAACAAAUUGGACCACAACAAAGCUUACCACAACGUUCGUACAACAACAAGCCAUUCCAGUCACAGCAGCAACAGCAACAGCAGCAGCAGCAGCCUUUGCAACAACCAAUCUACUCGACGUUGCCGAAUAGUGUUUACCAACAACAACAACUGCCUCAAUCACAGCAGUCCUCUUCCUCAAACUUUGGUUUGCCACAGACACAGCAGAAAUUGCCGAACUCGCUACCUAUACCCACCUUCCAAUCACAGAGCGUUGCACAGGCGCCGCUAAAAGCCGCCUUCUCUACGACACCACAGCUACUGUUCCAAAACCAACAGCAACAACAACAGCCACAGUUGUUACCGCUACCACCACAACAGCAGCAGCAUCAGCACACCAAUUAUCAGCAAUUACCGUUACAGCAGCAACAAAGCGGCGCCUUCCAGUUGACACCCAAUUUGGGCUUGCCCGUGCCACAGAUCUUUCCAAACCUACAAUCGACUGCUUUCCCUUCUGCCCAACAACAGCAGCAGCAGCAACAACAACAUUCACAACAGCAAUAUGUGAAUCCACAAUUUGCUACACUACCAACGCCACAAGCGCAAUCGGCCGAUCAGGAGUACAAACAGAAGAUCAUACAGAAACAUGAACAGUUCGUGCAGAAGCAAUAUGAGAAGUCGCAGAAUAAGGUGCGUCAACAACAUGAGGAGUUCGUUGCUAAACAACAGACACUUAAGCAGCAAUUGGCGCCCACGUUGCAGUUGCCACUACAGCAACAGCAACUACAACAGCAGCAACAGUAUCAGAGCUUCCAACCACCACGUAGUCGCCCCGUACAGCAAUCCGAGUUACAUCUGUUCUCAUCCGCUUUACAAAAGUACCAUGAAGAGCAUCCCACUACGACUACAACAACCACCACCACGACGACAACAACCACAGAGCCCACAACGCUGCCGAGCAAUAAACAAAAUAGCAAGAAUGUCUACGCACAAGUCAAAGCUGAGCUUGGCAAGUAUGGCAUGAAGACCACACCUGGAAAGAAGCCUGUGAAAACCAUAGGACGCGACGAACUGCUGAAACAAUUGAAGGCCGCUUUGGCAGAGGCACCACAAAAGGAUGUGGACAAUAAAACUUACUCCGAAAUGGAUUUGGUGCUGCCGAAUGGUCAACGUGUGCAAGUGAUACGUACCACGGAUCCUAAUUUGGUCAAAGGUCAGCAAGCGCUUUCCCAGGAUCAGUUACAAACUCUAUUGGCACAACAAGGUAUAGCGGCAGGCGAGAGUGGUGUUGCAGUGAGUGCACCAGCAGGCGGUAAAUUGAAUUUGGCCGAUGUUGCGCCGGAGAGUGCUAAAGAUCUGGUACUACCGAAUGGUUCAAAAGUGCAAAUAUCACGUUCACCCGAUCCAGAGGCCGCAAUCGAUCCACAAUCUUUGCCCGGGGGCGUUGAUUUCUCUAAUUUAGCUUCACUGUAUGGCGGCGAUAUUGAAGGUAUUUCUAGUGGCGCCAACAGUAUUGCUAGUUCAGCUGUGAUACAAUCAGACUCUGAUGAACCACCUACACUGGAAGAGCUAGCCAAGCGUGGUCUUAUACCAGAUGGUUAUGAAAUCGAAGGUUUGAGCUCGAAUAAACCCGCAGCAGCACCGAAGCCAGCGCCUACAUUGCCACCGAAGAAGAAGGCCACCUAUGUCUACCUUGAGGAGCAAGCAGAUGGUAGUUUUAAGAUACAAGGCGUGAAAGCUAAUGGCGAGAAGGAAACUAAACAGACCGGCGCUGAAGUGGAGAGCAUCUUGGAGCGCAUACGUAGUGGUGAAAUUAAACUUCCACCUUCUGUUUCCCGUCUAACAUUACCAAAUGAUGAGGUUGUUGAAAUACAAGGUGGUAAUAUUAUUAAAACUACCGUAGCAGCGCCUAUACCUACACGACCCAGUACGACCACCUCGACAACUACCAGCACAACCACAACCACUACCACUACAACCGAAUUUCCAUUCGCGCGCACAUCACCGAUACGUCAUCAAUAUCAUUCGACACGCACGUCGCCGUAUAGCAGCUACCCCAGCACCACAUAUGCGCCACUCGUACAUCGCACAAGCCCCGCAGAAGCGGCAAUAGCAACAGUCGCAACGGAUUCCACUGAUACUACAUACUACACCACACCAGCGCCCAUUUAUACUGCCUCCCCAGCGGCGCCAGUUGUCUAUGAGACUUCAACACCAUUUGCCGUCACUGAACGUUUGGUUGAUACAGUACCCGAAUCAGGUCAUUACACCGAUACGUUAGUACAAGAAACAGAGAAUACCGAAAAGGCGGCCGAAGUGACAUCUGCAAAUCCAAGUGAAGAUUUGAUACAGAUCUUGAAGUCAAAUGGUCUCUUUGCCAUGGCCAAAUAUCUGCGUCAAUCGGGUUUGGAUAGCAUAUUGAAUGAGACUGGGCCGUAUACGAUCUUUGUGCCAACCGAUAAGGCAUUCAAAAACCUUUUAGUUCAACUAGGUGGCCCCGAACGUGCCGAGGAGAAGUUCAAGGCGAAUCCACGAUUGCUCAGCGGUCUGUUGCUGCAUCACGUGAUACCAGGUUCCUUUGAAAUCGCAACACUGCAGGACGAGAUGACAGGGGUCUCGCUUGCGGGCACCCAAUUGCGUGUAAAUCAAUAUACGAUGCACGAUCAAGAGUGGAACGAUGUGACUAUCACCACCAUAAACGGCGCCAUGGUAUUGCUGAACAAGAAGGAUAUAAAGAUACCACAAGGUGUUGCACAUGCUGUCGAUCGUGUUAUGUUCCCACUGCCAGUCGGCGAUCUCUUACAAACUCUACAAUCGGAUCGUGAAAAUCGUUUCUCUAACUUCUUGAAAAUUCUAUACACUUCUGGUCUAUCUGAGAAACUACAAAGCAAAGGCAUUAAAACCUAUACCGUCUUCGCGCCGGUGGACAAGAGCUUCCGCGAUAUGGAAUCGGAUACGCUGGAGAAACUUUUCAAUAACAAAGAAGCUGCCGAAGAGUUCGCCAUGAAACACAUUGUACCCGGCUCGCUAUUCUCAGCUGGCAUGCGUUUCUAUCAAGUUAAGGACUCAUUAUUUACUGGCAAAACUGUUAUUUUGCAAAAGACAUCAGCGGGUAAGAUCAAGGUGAACGACGCACAAAUGGUGACCUCGAACAUACCGGCAACAAACGGCGUCAUACAUGCAUUGGACGGUGUUUUGGCGUGAGCUUGAAACGUUGAAUGCUCAAACGCAAACAAGCAAAAUCAACAUUAUUAAGUAAGCAAUAAAUAACCGAUUCUAUAGGUUAUAUGUUAAGAAAUGAACGCAUGGAAAGACAUUUGUUUUUUUUUUUUGCAUUAAAAUUAAAUUUUUUGCGAUUAUAUGAUAUAUUAAUUAUGUAAAAUUAUAGUUUUUCCAACGAUGAAUGAGCAGUAAAUCUUGCCAGGUGCGCUUUAAAAGCUUUCUUUCCAAAGCUAGUGAAGCUUAUAAAUAUUACUGUGGGUAUAUUCGGUAAUUUAAUUAGUUAAUUUUUUUUUAAAUACUUUCUUGAGCAAAGAAAAACCAUUUUCAAAAGAACAACAAAAUCCACUGGUGCUUCCAAUUAUGCUAGUAAUUUCCGCUGAACAGUUACAGUUACCAUGGCAUGCAAGUUUUCGGGAAAUUUUUAUGUACAAUCAUACUUUGCAAUACUACAGUCAUAAUAAAAAAAUGUACAUACAUAUAUCAUAACAUAUAGCUGAGUUGUCACAAAAAAAAAAUUAGAAAAAAAUAGUGCAGAAAAAGCGGUGGUAGUACAGCGUUUUUAGAUUUCAACAUGAGAUUUUUAAAAGCUUUUCUUAUAAAAUUUUGAAAUACAAUUAUGUAUUUUAAAAUCAUUGUUAUUUACCCUUCAAUUUAUUCAUCCACUGUUAUUCAACAUUUUUUUUUUUAUUAAUUUAUUUCCUUCGAUAUUUUUUAAACUCAUCUCCAUACUCAUGCAGCCGCACACUCGUACACAAUUCACACAAAUUUCAUUAAAGUUUCUGUACAAAGAAUAUUUGUUUAAAAAUUUUAUACAUUUUUAAAAGUGAACAUUUUUUACGUUUAAAAUGCAUAAUAAUUAUAAGUCCAUUUAGCUAUCCAUACACGAUUACAUACAUAUAUAAAAAUAUAUUUUAAAAUAUUUAGGCACAAUC